AUGGAGGAAGAGAUUCGUUCGACUUUCGUGGUUGGAAUGGAAUCAGAAGGCUUUGCGAUCUAUGAUUCUUUGAUGCAACUUAAAAAUGAGGUACAUACAGUAUGUGUCGGAGCCGCCAUCGGUCAGGCCUGUCUGUUACUAUCAGCAGGAACCAAGGGUAAACGGUUUAUGAUGCCACAUGCCAAAGCUAUGAUCCAGCAACCUCGUGUGCCUUCUUCUGGUUUGAUGCCUGCCAGUGAUGUCCUGAUUCGUGCCAAAGAGGUCAUAAUAAAUAGGGAUAUACUUGUGGAGCUUCUAUCAAAGCACACUGGGAAUUCUUUGGAGACUGUCGCUAAUGUGAUGAGAAGGCCAUAUUACAUGGAUGCACAAAAAGCUAAAGAUUUUGGAGUCAUUGACAGGGUUCUUUGGCGUGGUCAAGAACAGAUUAUUGCGGAUGUUGUUCCUUCAGAGGAAUUCGACAAGAACGCAGGGAUCAGAAGUGUUGAACGAGUCUAG